CAUUCUUCUCAUGGGCUGCUGAUAAUACCAGCGAUGUCACAGAUCAGCUCUGCUUCCAACCCUGACUGGACAGAGGGGUCAGGAUUGCUUAGUGAAUUCCCAAUCCAAGCAAUCAGUGUCAUGGGUGAACUUGCCACUUAAUCAAACUUGAAGUAAAUGGCUAACUGAAGUUAUAUCAAGUCCUGCUAGAGUGAUUAGAAGCAGAAUAAAAGAGGUAGCGAUCAGCACUGCCCAGAUAGGGGGAUCAGUGGGGACAGAGUGGAGUGAACUGAGCCUGAAGGGGACAAUGUUUUGGAAGGAAACACACCGGACAUUGACAAAGCAUGUGGCUGAAAGGGGUGAAUGCUGACGAACAUCACAGGGGAUGCCCACCUCUUUGGCUUAAGGCUUUGGCUAUGCAGCAGGCUGCACACACUGAAAGGCAAGGGCUUCUGAUAAAUUAUGAUGUUCCUUGCUGAGGAGAAUGUGGAUUUUCGGAUACACGUGGAGAAUCAGACACGAGCAAGGGACGAUGUGAGCAGGAAGCAGCUUAGACUCUACCAGCUGUACAGCAGGACAAGUGGGAAACACAUCCAAGUUCUAGGCAGGAGGAUCAGUGCUAAGGGGGAAGAUGGAGACAAAUAUGCCCAGCUUCUAGUGGAAACAGACACAUUUGGCAGUCAAGUCCGGAUCAAAGGGAAAGAGACAGACUUUUACCUUUGCAUGAACAGGAAAGGCAAGCUAGUGGGGAAGCCUGACGGCACCAGCAAAGAGUGUGUCUUCAUUGAAAAAGUCCUAGAAAACAACUACACAGCACUGAUGUCUGCGAAAUACUCUGGCUGGUACGUUGGAUUUACCAAAAAGGGAAGGCCACGAAAAGGGCCCAAGACCCAGGAAAACCAACAAGAUGUGCAUUUUAUGAAAAGGUACCCAAAAGGUCAAGUGGAGUUACAGAAACCUUUCAAGUACACCACAGUGACCAAGAGGACUAAGAGAAUACGACCUACCAACCCCAGUUAAAAGAUAGACAAAAACAGUGUCACAAUAAUAAACCACAAAAAAACUGCACCAGAGGAAUAUUUUUACAUUAAAAAUAAGGAAGAAGCUCUAUUUUUGUACAUUGUGUUUAAAAAAUAAUUAAAAAAAUUAAAAAAAAAUAAAAAAGACUGGAUGGCAAACGCUGGGGGAAGCUGUUAGGGAUUUAUUGUGACUUGAAAAACAAAAUGAACUGCUCUAUUUAAAUUGACUUCUUGUUGACACAUAGGUGCUUAUUUCUCUUUUUGGAACGGACAACUUUUCAAGCAGAUCCCCAGAGGAAAAACAAUUAAUAUUAAAUAAAAUAAAACCAAAGAAAACCAAAGUUCUUUCCCAAAGUUACUGAGACCCUGCCCCAAAAAUCACCAGUUUUGCAGUAAUCUAUUUAUUGUCUGCUGCAAACUGUCCCGAGACAAGAUGGUGUGUGCGGCAGUGAUUGAGUUUCCGUGGAGUUCUCAAUGCAUCGAUCUUCUGUAACCUUUCUGAUGACAUAAGGUGUCACGGCUCUGUGAUCCUGCAUUAUGCUCAGUUCUGGAGAAUGCUGCUAAAUACAUUCAAUUGACUAAAAGUGACCUA